AUGAAUGGUAGUUUGUUGUGUGUGUUUCUUCGUCUUUUCGUUACAUGGGGGAUUGGCUACGUGCCGAAUGGAGGAUGCUUACUGGAUGGUGUGAUGAAAGCUGUGGGGUCUACUGGAAGUGAAUUGGGAAGUAACCCACCAUAUAUUGUUGUCUAUAGGUGCCCCCAGCUGAGGCGACUUGUUAUGCCAGCUUGGAACAGAAUAAAGAAUGAUGUAAUUUGCGAGGCCAUUCGUACAUGGAGAUGUCUUGAAUCCUUGACAAUGCCUAGUAUAGUAGAUCCCCCUUAUCUUAUAGAGGAAAGAGCCCUAAAUUGCAAGAACUUCAAUGAACUCAAGGUCAUGGGUCCUUUUGACGUUCUCUUUGCUUCUAUGAUAGCCAAAUUUCUUCCAAAUUUGAAGGCUUUGAGCUUGAGAUGCUCAAUGAUAGUUAAGGAUGCCCUAAUGCUAAUAUUAGAUGACCUACCAAACCUAGAAGUCCUCAACAUAUCACAUUGCCUUCUUAUAGAAGCUCCACUACUUCCUUCAUCGAUGCCCGAAAAAAUUAUUAGGAAGCUAGAUAAAAUUAUCUUGCAGAAGGCUGCUCAAUUACGUGAGUUCUUAACAUGUACUAAGCAUUCGUGCAUCAUGUGCCAGCGUACCCGAAGUGAUGAAGGCUUUCUGAGGUGGUACAAGUAUGAGGAAGGCCUAUGGAAAAUUGAUGAGGCGAGGUCUCUUGCUCUUUGA